UUGCUGCAGUACCGUCACGGAACACUAGCCGGCGCUCUUGAUCCAUAACCCAAACGGGGUCACAGUAAUGGCGGCGCCCUUGAGCCGGUUAGCCUGUCGAACUUGUGUUUAUACGCGUCUCUGUCGAAGUUGUUUACAACUUAGACUAAUAACUUCGCAGCCACACAGACUAAGGUCCACAGCACUGUGUCAAAGAGCUGCCGUGCAAGCUAGUUUACCCACAGCUACGAUAAACAACAACAACAACACAACAACAAACACAACAACAGAAUCCACGGACAAUGGAGUAAACAUAUCCGGGCAGCAACUUUUCCUCACACCGUGCGAGUCCGGCCCGUUGGAGAGUUACCAGAACGCGGUGGAUGUGGGUUACCUGAGUCGGGACCCGCAUCAGCUGACUGUGAUACAGGAGCUACAGAAGCUUCAUGAGGUCCUGUCAAGGUCACAGAAGGACGGGAGUGUCGGGUACCGGCCACACCAGCAGAGCUAUCUGGGAAAGCUUUUUGGUUUGCGGCACAAACAGGGAGCUCCAAACGGUUUAUAUCUCUAUGGAAAUGUCGGCUCGGGGAAGUCCAUGCGAAUGAACCUGUUCUACACACGUUCAGGAAAGUCCAUGCUCAUGGACCUGUUCUACACCCACGUUUCUGUCACCAAGAAGAAGCGGGUCCACUUCCACGCCUUCAUGCUGGACGUCCAUGCAAGAAUCCACCGCCAGAAGAGUCAGAUGCCGGCACGAGUGGAGGGCAGCCGAAGGUCGCAGGCGUAUGACCCUAUCCCGCCCGUCGCCGAGGAGAUCAGCGAUGAAACAUGGCUACUGUGCUUCGACGAGUUUCAGGUCACAGACAUUGCAGACGCCAUGAUCCUGAAACGACUGUUCACAGAACUGUUCAACAGGGGAGUGGUGGUGGUGGCCACUUCCAACAGGCAUCCUGAUGAUCUCUACAAGAACGGUUUGCAGCGGUCCAACUUUGUGCCUUUCAUCAAAAUUCUGAAGUACCGAUGUGACUGCCUGGCGCUGGACUCCGGCACAGACUACAGACUGCAGGGCUUGCCGACUGCCGGGAAAGUCUUCUUCUUGUCCACCCAUAAAAAGGCAGACAAAGAGCUGGACAGAAUAUUCCAGGAGAUGACGGCCAGAGAAACAGCAGAAAAAGGCCCCCGAACGUUACGCCUCCUCGGACGAGACCUGCAUGUACCGAUCGCCUGUGGCAGAGUCGCAGACUUCCAGUUUCAGGACUUGUGUGAAAAGCCGCUGGGAGCCGCUGACUACCUGAAGCUAAGCCAGGAGUUCGACACGGUGAUCGUGCGGAACGUGCCGCAGAUGAACUUGACACUGAAGACUCAGGCUCGCAGGUUCAUCACACUGGUCGACACCCUGUAUGACAACAAGGUCCGUCUGGUGUGGUCAGCAUCAGUGAACCCAGAGGAGCUGUUCCUAGCAGAAGCAGUUGGAGCCACAGACUCGGACUACAACAGGCUUCUUAUGGACGACCUCAACAUACAAGUCGGCACGGAUAACUCCGCGGCCAGUAUCUUUACGGGAGAAGAAGAGAUUUUUGCGUUUGAGCGGGCUGUGUCUCGGCUAAAGGAGAUGCAAACCCAGGACUACUGGAUCAUCCGAGACGAGUGGAACAAGGAGCGGAAAAAACAGCAGCCGACGACGUGACAACGGCUCUCAUUUGUAUCACACAACUUCUGCCUGAAGUUUAAAUUGUGCAAAGUUCUAG